GGCAUUUAGAUCAGCCCUCCCGUUGAGCUUGAUCCAAGCAACCCGGUAAACGGUUGGCUUCAUAGCCCAGUUUGUACAGCGCACUGCCGCCGCCGCCGCCGCCGCCGCCACGCGCGGUGGUUUUGAAUCGCGUCGGCCCUUUUCGCCCACUUGUUGAAAUCAAGGAGGCCACUCCCACUCUGUCGAGCAACUGACGAGCGGCAUUUCCCUCCAUCAUCUUCCUUCCUCCUUUCACGAAGGCCCCUCCGUCGCGCUCCAUCCACACGAGGCUCCAUCAAUCUCUACUCAGAGGGUGGAAGCAGCAAGAUUUGGCGCAAGGUACGACAAUCGACGACGUAACUAGAAUUCGUGGAAGCUCAAAAUUGUUUGUGGUUUCGUCACUUAUGACCCUCUUUACGAUUAGGAGUAAGUACCAGCUAGUACGAUGAGGGUCUGUUCGGUUUAUGUAGUUAGCCUGGUUAAGUCAUCCAAAACCAAGUUUUGGCCGAGAGGGUUGCUUCAGAUUGCUCAGAGCCCUGAACUUUAUGGGACGACAAGAAGUUGUCAUGUGGGAUUGAUGGAGGAUUCUCUGAAUAACAAUGGAAAAUUGGGGAGAACUCGUGGUGCGACUCUUAGACUAGCGCAAGAUGCGAUUAUGGAGUACUUGCACUUGACUCGAGGCUUGCCCUUCAUGGAUGCAGAGUUUAUAAGUAAAAAUUCACCUCAGUUUCUCGAUAGGCUUCUGCAGAAAAUCGAUGCUGGAGAGAACAUUGGGGCAUCCAUAUCGCGGUUCCUGCGCUACCACCCUAUAAAUGAAUUCGAGCCAUUUUUCGAGAGUCUGGGUUUGAGCCCGUCUGAUUAUGUUCAGCUUCUUCCGAGAGAGAGGAUGUUUUUAAUUGAUGAUCAGCUGUUGUUGGAAAACUAUCAUGUACUUUGUGAAUAUGGGAUUGCACGUGAGAAGAUGGGGAGAGUAUACAGGGAGGCUCCUGAAAUUUUCCGUUAUGAUCGUGGGCUUUUGAUGUUGAAGAUUAAUGCCUAUGAGAAACUGGGGCUUAGUCAGUCUACUAUGGCUAAGGUUAUUGCUGCAAGUCCUUAUCUUUUGACUGGAGAUGUUGAUAAGGACUUCGUUGAGGUAUUGGAGAAUUUGAAGAAUCUUGGAUUUCAGUUCACACUAAUUGAAGAGAAUAUUUCUGAAGAGGCUUGUUAUAGAUGGAGUCAGAUUCUUGAGCUUCUCUGCUUCUUUAGCAAGAUAGGUUGCAAUGAGGAGCAGUUGAGUGAGUUAAUAAGACGCCAUCCGGGAAUUCUCUUUGAAGGUUCAGGGGACAAGACAUGUUCCCUCAUUGUUUAUCUCUUAAAAUUUGGAUCCUCUGUAUGUGAAAUACGGUCAAUGUUUUUGCAGUUUCCAAAUGUCCAAGUUGGAAAGUUUUUGUCAAAUUUGAGACGGUGUUUUCUGUUCCUCACUGAGAUUGACAUGCCGACUGAAGACGUUAGCAAGAUUUUACGCUCUCAUUCCCUGUGGUUGGGUGAAUGUACUCUGAAGAAACCUAACACAGUAUUUGCUAGGUUAAAUGUUGGGAAAAAACGGCUCUGUAAAAUCAUCGAGGAUCACCCAACAGAAAUGAAGAAUUGGGUUCUUGGAUCACAAAUGGAGCGACUACCUGAUAAGGGUAAGAAAUUGCUGAAGGUUAAGUUUUUGUUGGGAUUGGGGUUUACUGAUGAUUUAACCAAGAUAAGUGAGGCCGCCAAGUUAUUCAGAGGCAAAGCCGAAGAUCUUCAGGAGAGGUUUGAUUGCAUUGUGAGUGCUGGUUUGGAUCGGCAGGAUGUCAUCAAAAUGCUGACUGUAUGUCCCAAAAUUCUUAACAUGUCAAAGGAUGUGAUUGAGAUGAAAAUGGAUUUUCUCAUGAAUGAAUUGGGUUGGCCCUUGACUGCCUUAGUUAAAUUUCCAGCUUUUCUUGGUUAUAAGAUUCAGAGAAUCAAACUUAGACAUUCCAUGUAUAGUUGGCUGAAAGACCAAGGAGCAGCUGAUCCUGACUUGGCCUUAAGUACUUUCAUUGGAUGCUCAGAUAGGAAAUUUGUUAGGCAGUUUGUAAAUCGACAUCCUAGUGGCCCGGAAGUUUGGCAAAAGUUGAAUAAGAAAUUUGCCCACGCAGAGUGUCUAGUGCAUGCUUCUUGAAUAAGUUUAGCAAGUGGGCAAGCGAGGUGUAUGGUUAUCUUGUAUUCUAGACUAAAGCUAACUUAUACAUUUCUUCAUAUUAAUGGCAUGAAGAUUAAGAUGCCAAUUUUUGGGGUC